AUGCUGAGACGGAUACUGGUGGGACCCGUGGGCGGUUCUGGGAGGGCGGUGCUGAAGCCGUGGGGUUGCGACCGUGGGCUGCAGCGUUUUUUGUCGCGGUUCAACAGUAGAAGCAGUAGUAGUAGUAGUGGUGAGGGUGAGAGUGGUGCAGAUGACAUUGCCAGCGUGGGUGUCUCGCCGAGGUUGCUCAAGAUUGUGCCCGAUGUGUCCGACAUGACGCUACUGGAGAAGCAGGACGAACUGGUGAGGAGGAAACGGAAGUUGGCGAAGGAAGUUGUGCAGAUGACGAAACAUAAACCGGUAUCCCCUGGGCUCAGGUGGCUCAGACAUCCCAUAUACCCUCACUUGUACAAGGGCAGACCCAUCAGGGCACUUACAAUACCGAAAAAGAACCACGGUGGGAGGAACAACCAAGGUAGGAUCACCGUGAGACACAGGGGUGGUGGACACAAGAGGAGGCUCCGGACGGUGGACUUCAUGAGGAUGAAGUCUGGGUUGCAGAUCGUGCAGAGAAUCGAAUACGACCCGGGGAGAACAGCACAUAUCGCACUCUUGAAACAUCAGGAUACCGCAGAACUUUCGUACAUUGUCGCUUGUGAUGGGCUCAGGGCUGGAGACGUCAUAGAGUCCUUUAGAAGCGGGAUCCCGAAACGGCUGCUCGAGGAAAUGGGCGGGAAAGUGGACCCGGCGAUCCUUGCUGUGAGAACCGCACAGAAAGGAAACUGUCUGCCUAUAUCGAUGAUCCCCAUCGGGACCGUGGUACACAACGUGGGGGUCACCCCGGUUGGGCCAGCAAAAUUCUGCAGAGCUGCAGGGACGUACGCCCGGCUUCUCUCGAAACUGCCCUCGAAGAAGAGGGCAGUUAUCAGGCUGCAAAGUGGUGAACACAGGUACGUGUCGCUUGACGCGUGCGCUACAAUUGGCGUCGUGUCGAACAUCGAGCACCAACUUACCUCGCUGGGGAAAGCUGGGAGGGCCAGGUGGCUCGGCAGAAGACCCUCUGUUAGAGGUGUUGCCAUGAACAAAUGUGACCACCCUCACGGGGGUGGGCGUGGUAAGUCCAAGUCGAACAAACUGUCAAUGUCCCCCUGGGGGCAACUCGCAAAGGGAUACAAGACCAGAAGAGGCAAAAACCAGAACAGAAUGAAGGUCAAGGAUAGACCAAGAGGUAAGAAAAAUUGA